UUUUUAUCUAUUUAUUUAGUUUUUUAACGUAGUUAGAGUUAGUGUUCGCUACAUUGUAGUUCAGCCGGAAAAUAAAUGUUAAACGAUGAAAAUAAUCAUAAUUGAACUCCGUCGACUGAAAACAGCUCCUCCCGGGGAUCCGAUGCUAACGGGGCAGCUGAGCAAGCCGCUGCUCUCCUUCAUGCGCGGCGACAUGAGCGCGGUGGAACUCGGCGGCCGGGCCGACGACAAAGUGGCCGGCAGCCCCGACAGCGAGCUCGACGACGAGACGCUGAUCCUGCCGGCCGAGGGCCCCGACCGAGAGGGCACCCCCGGCAAGUUGUACGGGGCCCGCGACAGUUCAGUCCAGUCUGACCUCAGCAGCAGUCCCUCCGAGCAGAGUCAAGUGGGCCAGUCUCACCCGGGGUACCCCGCCAUGGGACCACAGUCCCUGCUGGUGGCCCAGCAGCUGGCCAACGCGGUGGGCGGCGUGAUGUCCGGGGCUGGGGCGGGCGUGAACCAGCCCAUCCUCAUCCCCUUCAAUGCCGGCGGGCACCUGGGCGGGCAGCAGGGCCUGGUCCUCUCACUGCCCGCCACCAACCUCCAGAGCCUGGUGGCCGCGGCGGCUGCCGGGGGCAUCAUGACGCUGCCCCUCCAGAACCUGCAAGCUACCUCAACCCUCAACUCCCAACUCCAACACCUGCAGCAGCUCCAACAGAUGCACCACCACCACCACCAGCAGCAACAACACCAUCACCACCAACACGCGCACAACCAAGUGUCGUCCCACCAUCAUCACAUGACCCCGCCCGGUCAGCAGCAGUCCUCUGUGCCGUCGCCGGGUUCCGCCUGCUCCUCGGCGCCGCCGCAGUCGCCGCCGUCGCACCGGCUGAACCAGUCGCCCGCCCGGAGCCUACCCUCGCCCGCCACCCCGCCGAUGCCUCUGCCGCCGUUGAAUCCUCUGGCCAGCCAGGCGGCGGUGGCAGCGGCGACCGCCUGGGGCUCCCUGGCCGCCGGCUCGCAGGUGUUCGGUAACGCCCUGUCCAACCUGCAGGGAGGCGGCGGGCAGCUGGUGACCAACGCGCAAGGGCAGAUAAUUGGAACGAUCCCGCUGAUGCCAAACUCAGCAGGGCCCUCCAGCCAAUCAGGGGCCGGCAACCCGGCGCUGCAGGUGCCGCCGAUUACGCCGCAGCUCCUGACCAACGCUCAAGGCCAGAUCAUCGCCACGGUGAUCGGCAAUCAGAUCCUGCCCGUCAUCAACACCCAGGGAAUCACGCUGUCGCCAAUCAAGCCCGGACAGCAGGGUGCGAACGGGCCGGCCUCCUCCUCGUCCGCCCAGCCCGGCCUGCUCCACCUGCCCCACCGACAGAGCCCCCUGCACCAGCCCUCCUCCUCCUCGUCCACCUCCUCCUCUUCCUCGGCGCUCAGCGUGGGCCAGCUGGUCAGCAACCCUCAGACGGCCCCCAGCGAGGUGGACGGCGUCAACCUGGAGGAGAUCCGCGAGUUCGCCAAAGCCUUCAAGAUCCGCCGCCUGUCCCUGGGCCUGACGCAGACCCAGGUGGGCCAGGCCCUCAGCGCCGCCGAGGGCCCCGCGUACAGCCAAUCCGCCAUCUGCAGACACACCAUCCUGAGAAGCCACUUUUUCCUACCGCAGGAAGCCCAAGAGAACACGAUAGCUAGCAGUCUGACAGGCAAACUGAACCCUGGCCUUUUAUAUCCUGCCAGGUUUGAGAAGUUGGACAUCACCCCUAAAAGCGCCCAGAAGAUUAAGCCGGUUCUGGAGCGCUGGAUGGCGGAGGCUGAGGCCCGCCACCGGUCCGGCAUGCAGAACCUGACCGAGUUUAUCGGCAGCGAGCCCUCCAAAAAGCGCAAGCGGCGCACUUCGUUCACGCCGCAGGCCCUGGAGAUCCUCAACGGGCACUUUGAGAAGAACACGCACCCGUCGGGACAGGAAAUGACCGAGAUCGCCGAGAAGCUCAACUACGACCGCGAGGUGGUGCGCGUUUGGUUCUGCAACAAGCGGCAGGCGCUCAAGAACACCAUCAAGCGCCUCAAGCAGCCCGACGUGGUGGGCGCAGGCGGGGGGGCCGUGCUGCCGCCGCCCUCCAUGGACCUCGGGGACCCGCUCCACGACGUCCCCGAAUGAACCUUUUUCCCCCCCGAAAAUCCCGACUCCUGGACUCUUGAAAAAACUUUGUGUUGUCGUUGUGAUUUUCACUUAACCAAAAAAAAAACAAAAAACAAAAAGAGAUUAAAAUGUGAGGAAGAUGUAUGUAUAGUGGUGCCUUGGCUUACAAGGUACAAGUCGUGACUUGCUCCAUUUUUUUGCUUUGUGUCACGAGUAAAACAAACAAAUUAGCAAUUUAUGUACAGUGUUCCGCCGGAAAUUUGUGAUUGGCUACUCACGGUUUUACCAGUUCGCAGAUUGUUUUGGGAACCUGUCGUCCAUUAUUCGCUGAAAAUCUGUCACUGUUACUUUCGUGCCAUCAUGUGGCAUCUUGGUGCCAAGGAACUAUGUUGAAGUGAGGGGAGUAGCUUCAUUUGGACAGGCCAGAACCCUGUCUAAUGGAAAAGAAGUGCAUUGGCACCAUCUUGUGGCAUCAAUAGGCAAUUACAAACCUUUUAAGGGAGGGCAUCAAUAAGACUGCGGCAAAUGAUUACAUUUGUCGAAAUGAAGCUCCUCAACUCACUUCAAAUUGUUUUUCUUGGCACCAAUGGUACCGCAUAAAAACAGCAAAUCACGGGGGAUAGGUUCUAAAACAAUGCUGACCCGCGGUGAUGCGGGGGUCCACUGGAUCCAGUGAUGCCCUCGCAAGUGGGCAAGGAGAGCCACAGUCGCCCACGCCCUUUCAGCCAUUUGUUGAACGGGACAAACAGUCAGACACGCAGACCCAAAACGAGAACACUCUCAAGGAGCUGCUGUAGGCCCCCGCUCACGCCCCAGUCCCUCACACGCAGACUAACCGGACAAUCCUGAUGUCACUCACUAGGCCACGCCCCUUAAAGGGACACAUCCUACACAGGGAUACUACAGUAUGAACAGUAACUACACCUUAUGAAACUAUUUUUUUUUCUUUGGAUUCUCUUUUAUGUGUUAUAUUUUUAUACAAUAUAGUGCUAUUUUUCUUUGUUUUGGGGGGCUGAAACUGAUUAGUGGCAUUAUAAUGCAUUUCAAUGCACAAAAUUGAUUUGAUAUACAAAUAGAGUUACGGAACGAAUUAAACCUGUAAGUCAAGGUACCACUGUACAAAAAUGUUCACAGGUUAAACCAAUUGGGGGAGGGGGGGGGCGGACAUACCAAAUGAAAACACGAUUUACCAAAGUAUGUGGCAUCGAAGAAUACUUUUCUAAUGUAAAUGUGCUCUACAUUUUUACAUUUGUACCCACAGAUGGAAGCUUUAAGCGACACUUUUUCUCCUCCCUUCCUCUUUCUGUGUACAUAUUCACACUCCAAAUCACAUGAAACAUGAUCACUAGAAAUAACGAUGAUAAUAAUAAUAAUUGUGUUUCAUCUUGACUUUGUACAACUUUUACAGCUAUUGAUAAACCACAAGAUGAUGAUGAUGACGACGGUGGCGGUGUGUUGCCAAAGCCUGAUAGCCAAAGAACACAACAGACUUCAGCUCAAGGACUUUUUCAAACCUACAACCGGAUCGGCUCACUUUUAACACACUAAAUACAAAAAAAAAAAAAAAAAAAAAAAGAACCAAAAAUGACUAAUAAAGCCUAAAAAAAGUCAAGCCUUGUAAAUCUUGGCAAUAUUUGCAUGUCACGCUUCUCUCUGCAUGCGGCAGCAGCAGCACCCCCAAAACCCCAAAAAUGAACUUGAUGAACAAAACCCUUUAAUGUGAUGAUAAUGCUGAAUUAUUAUUAUUAUUUUUUUUUUUUUUUUUUUUACAGCUUACACUCAUGUAGCAUUUAAAUGUUUUAUUUCUACUCGUGUCCAACCUCCCCAUGUGUGCUUUAACCCUCCUGUUAUGUUGUGGGUCAAUUUGACCCAUUUUAAAGUAAAAAAAAAUAAUAAUACCGUUGGAAAUGGAGAUAUCAACUUUUUCCCCCAUAUUUGAUACUUUUGCAUCAUUUAAUAUUCUCCGGGUCAAAUUGACCCAUUUUAAAGUAAAGCUUAAGUGUCAUCAACUAUAAAAUCUGGAUUGUAAUGGUAAUUCAGUUAAUCAUGAGAUGUAUUAAACAAUUGUUUUGUUUAUGAUACUUUUGGGUAAUAAAACAUCCCCUGGGUCAAAAUGACCCAUUUUAAAGAAAGAUAAUUUAGAUAAAAAUGACAAAUAGAGUUUGGAAUUAUGAGUCAUGGUGUUAAUAAUGAUGUAAACAAUUAUGAUUUUUCUUUUAAUACUUUUUGGUAACUAAACAUGCCCCGGGUCAAAUUAACCCUGGAACAUUAUUGCUGUGACCAAGAAACCAAAUCUAGAUGUUCCUUUGGGGAAAAAAAAAAAAUCGGAUCAGUUUCUUUGAAUGGCCUUUUUUUCUAUUUUCUUUUUUUUUAUUUUUUCAAUUUCAUUGAUAGGGAUUUAUGUGCUUUUUGACACUUCCGGGUUGUUGAAAGUGUUUGGGUGAAACUGACCUCGGAAAAUUAUAGUUGUUGCCGAGAAACAAAUAAUAGAUUUAUAGGACUGAACUUGCUAGUCUUACUUCCCCCCCCCGCCACCCUUUUUUCUUAAACAAAAUGAGAUUUGCAUUUAUUAUGCAUGUGCUGUGAUUUUUAUUUUUUUCUCACUUAUUAUUUAUGACACUUGUACGGGUCAAAUUGACCCAUUUAAAAAAAAAUAAAAAAUUUGUAAUCAACUAUAAAUGAUUAAUAAUUUAGUUAAACAGUUUUGUUGCUUUGGACACUUAGGUAGUUCAACAUGCCCGAGACCCAGGGGAUCAUUAUUACUAUUCCUGUGAAAAAAAAAUGUUUUUUAAAUUAAUUACAUUUCUACUGCUUGUGUUUUUUAAAACCUUUUCUUUCUUUUUUUUUUUGAUCAUUUAAAAAAUUGAAUCUGCAUUGGGUUUAAUAUUUUUGGUCAAUUAAACAAAGCGGGUCACAUUGACCCAUGACCUUUGUACCUAAGAAACCAACAUCACAGGAGGUUUAAACUGCUCGUGUUGCAAUAUUUUGGGUCUAAACGACAAAAUCCUCAAUAAUUCACUCAAUGUAUCAAAAGUAUUAGGACACGCCUCCAAAUAAAUCAGUGACUGAAUCAGAAUUGAUGAGAAUCUUAAUCAUUACGUUUCACUUGUUGUGCGUGUCCCAAUAAUUUUGUCCAUCUAGCGUACACAAAGAGGAUUUUUUCUUUGUUUGUUUUUUUGCGUUUCAAUCAUCGCCAUUCAAAUGCAUUUCGUCUCAUUUUCAUUCAGGCAAUUGUGACAGUAACCAAAAAAAACCCGACUAAAAUAGAGGCUGGAACACACACACAGGAAGGAAUGUUUUUGUUGUAUUUUGCUCUUACUGCGUCAGUGGCCCCGGACCAAAGCUCUCGACUUGAUAUGCACAUUGUACAGAGACCUUUUUCACCAUGUUGACAAUCUUGAUCCAAAAAAAAAAAAAGAAAUCUCCAGAAGGGAAAAAAUGUACAGACAACGAUCAUGGCGCCGACUUUACCUCACUUUGAUUGCGUUAUUUAUUUUUGGUCUUUUCAUACCCUCCAUCACACACACAUGCAACAGUCUUGUUUGCUAACAAUUAUUGUCAAAUGCUUUUUUUUCUUCUUUUUUUUUUUUUUAAGUAGCAGUCGACCAACUCGAAACCAAAGCUCAAACAUUCUGCAGAGGAUUUUUUUUUCUUCUAAAUAAUAGUAAUGAUAAUAAACUGUAUUUAAUCUAU